AUGAUCGUCAUCAUGUGGCAGCAUAGCCUCGCUGGAGUCGCCUCAGUCUGGCUGGGAACCAGCUGGAGACGAUACCAGGCCGCGGCUCUGCGCGGCUGCUCCCAGCUGCUGCUUCUUGACAUCGCCCACAACCGGAUCCGCAACAUCAGCGACCAGGACUUUCUGGGCUGGGCCGGCCACCUCGAGCAGCUGCUGCUGCGCAACAACCUGCUGACUGAGCUGCCGGACCGGCUGUUCCACGGCGCGCCGGCCGUUCGCGAGCUCAGCCUGUCCUUCAACAGCAUCAGAUGGUUCUCACCGGAAUCGCUGGUCGACCUCGCCAGCUCGCUGAUGAGCCUGGAGAUGAGCUUCGCCGUCAGGGGCGCCGUCUUCCCGCGGGAGCUGGUGCGGCCGCUGACGGCGCUGCGCUGGCUCGCCGCCGACAACAACGGCUUCGCAGAAAUCGCCGACACGGCGCUGUACGGGCUGACCGAGCUCGAAUACGUCAACCUGGAGGCGAAUCGGCUGGGGCGGCUGCCCACCGCGCUGUUCCACCGUAACGUGCACAAACAGCUGCAGGACUUGCGGCUGUCGCACAACCGGCUGGCGAGGCUAGAGCGACAGACUUUCAGCGGGCUGGAGAGCCUGCAGACGGUGGUGCUGACUGGCAACCAAAUCACUGCCGUGGAGAACCUCGCGUUCAACGGGCUGCCCAAGCUGAUCGUGGUGAUGCUCGCGUCCAACCGACUCUCAGAGCUCGGCUGCGCACGCGUUCCGCGGCCUGCCCAGCCUCGUCCAGUUGGACCUGCAGGACAACAAGCUGCGCGACUUCUCGCUCAAGUGCUUCUUCAACGUCACGAAACGCUGGACCUCAGCUACAACAGUCUGCCAGAGGUGCCGACCAACUUUCUGCAGGGGAUCCGGCCGUCCCUGCGGCACCUCGACCUCAGCUUCAACCGGAUCGAGCGCCUAGACGACAACGCGUUCGGCGAGCUGAACAACCUGCAGGUGCUGAAGCUGCGCGGCAACCGCAUCAGCUUGCUACGGCCCAAGGCGUUCGACUCGAUCCCAUACCUGCAGAUCCUGGACCUGAGCGACAACCGGGCGGACCGACUGCCGGGCGGCCUCUUCCACAACCAGUGGACGCUGCGGCACCUGACGCUGGCGCACAACCGUCUGUCGGUGCUGCCGCAGGAGCUGCUGCACCGCGCGCCGCUCGAGUCGCUCGACCUCAGCCACAACGCACUGCGCACACUGCCGGCGGCGGCGCUGGCGGCGGCCGGGCCCACGCUGGCGCGGCUUGAUCUCACCGCCAACCGGCUGGAGCAGCUCGAUGGCAUCAUGUUCGCCCGCCUGCCGCGCCUCAGCCGGCUCAGCCUGGCGCACAACCGGCUGGCCGUGCUGCCCGACACGGUGUUCCUCAGCCUGCCGCGCCUGCUCAGCCUGGACCUCAGCUUCAACCCCCUGCGCACCAACUACAAGGAGUUGUUCCACUACGUGCAGCCGCUGCAGGAGCUGCAGCUAGCAGCUGUCGGUCUGGAUCAAGCUCCCGACCUGCCGCUGCCCAACCUCGUCCAGCUGAACGUCUCGGGUAAACGGCAUGACGCGCAUCCCGUUCGGCACCUUCGCCACGCUGAAGAACCUGCGCGUGCUGGACCUCAGCCGGAACGCGUUCACAACGGUUCCAAGCAAGACAUGGAUGCACACACCACUGCUUCGCACAUUGGAUAUCUCAGAAAAUCCGGUCCAGAUCCUCAAUGGCGAGUCGUUCGGAGGCCGGACCACCUGCGAGAGUUGGACCUGAGCAGAAUGUACCAGCUGGUGCGGUUUGACACGGACACGCUGCUGCGCAUGCGCGAACUGGAUGUGCUGCAUAUCACCACCUGCCCGCAGAUCGAGAAAUACAGGUUCCGACUGGGCGGCGUGCUGAACAGCCUGCAGUCCAUCCGGCGACUCCACGUGGAGGUGCGGGAGCCGAAGCUGGAGGAUCAGCUGUGGGGAGGCUUUGGGCCGAGGCUGAAGGAACUGCGCCUCACUGGCCGCAACCUGCGCCAGAUCGAGCCCGAGGCGUUCCAGGGUUUCCGGGGCCGCCACGAGCUGGUGCUGCAGGUGAGGGACACGUCCAUCUCCGAGCUGCCCGACGACCUGUUGCGCGACCUGCGUCACGUGACCACACUGACGCUUGACUUACGCCGCAACCGGCUCAUCAACAUGGGUCCGAGCACGCUCUACCCGAACGGCUCCGAGUGGGAGAAGGUCGGCACGAAGGCCGUCAAAGGUGGCAUUCUGCUCGGCGAGAACCGCUGGGUGUGCGACUGCGCGCUGACCUGGCUGGGCCAGUGGCAGCGCCGCUGGGUGCGCGAGAGCCUGCGCAUCCACACAGCCGUACCCCGCAGCGCUCAGCACGUGCACCACGUGGUGCGGCAGGCCACCUGCACCGACCUCAGGACGGGCUCGGAGACGCCGAUCAUGGAGCUGCGCGCAGAGGACCUACGCUGUCGGAUCGGCGCCGUCGGCCGAGGUGGACCUCUGGCGUGCUCGGCAGAGGCCUGCUCCGGCUCAGAUGUCACCUCCAGCACACUGUGA